AUGGCUGCCCGACGGCAUGGCGCAGAGGAUGAAAAGCCCAUCUUCUCAGAGCUCUUCGGCUCCGCUGGAUGGCGGUCAGGGGAGCUUAUCAAAGAGAUGAGUGACUCAGCCGACUUCUAUUGCGAGCACAUGGGCGUUGUCAGAGACAUUGCCGCUGCGAUGCUAGAGCCAACCGAAGCUUUGCAUACUUACGAGGAGCGGUUCCGCCCUUUCAUGAAGACUGUUCAGGAUGGUAUUGAGAAGAACAAGACCUACUGGUACAAGAUGCCAUCAGGCCCGAUUUUGCUUAUGGCAUUGAACCUCUUCCUCGCCAUUGCUUCUUUCUUCAGAUUGGAUGUCCUUGCUAAAAAUGCUAUGAGGGAGGAUACGGGUGACUGGAAACUUCCGGACUACGAAGGGAUGGAUCUGCGAAAGAAGAAAGAUUAA